GAUGUUCACUAUGAAAUAUUUAAUGAUUAUUGAAAUUUUUUCAAUUUUAUCAUUGAUUCUAAAUAGAAAUGAUUGGUUUGUCCAAUCAAAAGAUCCUAUAUGUGAAGGUUUACGUUUUAAUCAUAGCCAAUUGAAUAUGUGGUCCAUUGGUGUUACUCGUACCGAUUUUAUAAUGAUUACAAAAGAUCAUUUUGUCUAUCAAUUACCGAUGAAUUCAACAUUAUUGAACAAAAAUCAUUUGUAUUUGAAAAAUUCACCAAUAAAUAUUGCAUACAAAUAUCCCGUAUUAUUCAAUGAUUUACGAUUCUUUUACAUCAAAUCAAUUGCAACGAAUAUAUUUACAAUUAUUGAUUCGAAAGAUGAUUGGCUUUGUUUAAAUAUACAGACAGGUUUACAAACUAGUAUCGUUCCAAUUUAUUAUGGUAUAAAAACUAAACGUGUAAUAUUCGGUUGGAAAUUUAGAACCAUGUUUUAUGAUGAUAUAUUCAUAUCGACACUUGAACCAUGUCAUUUUCACAUAAUUCGUCGUUUUUAUGAAAAAUCUAAUAAUAAAUAUGUGUUACAGUUGGCAACUUAUAAAUGUAAUGAUGAUAAAUCAUUAGAAAAAACUACUGAUCAUGUGUUAAUCAAUGGUUUUCAUUCACUUUGUUAUGAUGAUGAUAGUAAACAAAAAAUUCAUAUCGAUGAAAAAACAUGUAAAACACCGGUCAAUUGGCUCAUACUCAAAGGACUUAAUGUUUAUGGUAAAUUCUAUCUAUUUGGCAAAGAUUCGUAUGUCUAUUCAUUUGAUGAAAUUUUACUUAAAUCUAAAUCUGAUAAAAGAUUACCACAAUCGUAUAUAGUGAAAAUUCAAACAUUUGAAUCAUUUUUUCUUUGCCAGGGUACAAUUUUUCCUGAUCCAAUGUCACAUGAUUUACUGUAUUGGAUCAUAGCAGUGGUUGUAUUUCUACUAAUCAUUUUAAUAUUAGUUUUAUGUUGCAUAAUAUUUAUUAAACGAAAAAUUGAUGAAUCAAAUCAAAUACGAACACGAAGUCGUUUUUAUCAAUCAAAAAUAGCUGAAAAUGGAUCUAUUGCUGAAGAAUUUCUUGCAUCAGAUGUAUCAACAACAAAUAAGAAAAAAAUUAAAAAAAGCAACAUAAAAGGAAUUGAUAAAAAUAACGCUGCUUCUAUUACUACUAUUAAAUCUAAACAACCAAAAAGUUCAAGUAAUCGAUCAAGAUCCAUUUUUGUUUGUAAAGAUUCAACAAAAUCAAUGAUUAAUUCAAAAUCAUCGAUAAUUCCGAAACAAAAAAUGCUUUCAAAAUUAAGCACCAAUUCAACAGCACCAUUUUUAUCUGAACCAAGUUACAAGAAUAAUAGCAGUGUCAGCAAAUCGACAAUAAAAUGUCAAAUGUCAAAAGUCAAAAGUAUGGUCAAAAACUAAAUGAAAACAUUAUUCAU